UCUCCACCAUUUCUCCCCAAUCGCUCCUCCUUAAACCCUAACAUUUUGCUUCCCCUUUGAUUCGAUCGUCGAGAGUUACCAGAGAUGAGUUCGGACGACGAGAGAGACGAGAAGGAGCUGAGUCUUACCUCUCCUGAAGUCGUCACCAAGUACAAGGGCGCCGCUGAGAUCGUUAACAAGGCGUUACAGGUUGUUCUAGCGGAAUGCAAACCAAAAGCUAAGAUUGUUGAUAUCUGCGAGAAAGGAGAUGCUUUUAUCAAAGAGCAAACAGCGAGCAUGUACAAGAAUUCUAAGAAGAAGAUAGAGAAAGGUGUUGCUUUCCCUACAUGCAUAUCGGUGAACAACACUGUUGGUCAUUUCUCACCGCUUGCCAGUGAUGAGACUGUGUUGGAAGACGGUGAUUUGGUCAAAAUUGAUAUGGGUUGCCAUAUUGAUGGGUUCAUUGCUCUUGUUGGCCACACACAUGUUCUUCAAGAAGGGCCUGUUAGUGGACGUAAAGCUGAUGUUUCUGCCGCAAAUACUGCAGCUGAAGUUGCUUUGAGGCUCGUACGUCCUGGAAAGAAGAACACUGAUGUAACUGAAGCUAUUCAGAAGGUGGCUGCAGCUUAUGACUGCAAAAUUGUUGAAGGGGUUCUCUCCCACCAGAUGAAACAGCAUGUGAUAGAUGGAAACAAGGUUGUCCUAAGUGUAGCCAGUCCAGAAGCAACUGUUGAAGAAGUAGAAUUUGAAGAGAAUGAAGUCUAUGCAAUAGAUAUCGUGGCAAGCACUGGUGAUGGCAAGCCAAAAUUGAUUGAUGAGAAGCAAACAACUAUUUACAAAAAAGAUGAGACUGUUAACUAUCAGUUGAAGUUGAAGGCCUCCAGAUUCACAAUCAGCGAAAUUACAAAGAACUUCCCCCAUAUGCCAUUCACUGCAAGGUCACUUGAGGAGAAAAGGGCACGUCUUGGACUUGUGGAGUGUGUGAACCAUGGUCAUUUGCAACCAUAUCCUGUCCUUUAUGAGAAAUCUGGGGACUUUGUUGCCCAAAUCAAAUUCACAGUUUUGCUGAUGCCAAAUGGAUCGGAUAGGAUCACUUCACAUACACUUCAAGAGCUUCAACCUACGAAGACCAUUGAGGACCCUGAGAUCAAAGGAUGGUUAGCCUUGGGUAUCAAGAAGAAGAAAGGUGGUGGAAAGAAGAAGAAAGCCAAGAAGGCAGGAGAGAAAGGGGAGGCUUCAACAGAGGCUGAGCCAAUGGAUGCAAGUAGUAAUGCUCAAGAAUGAGUAGGAAGGUUUCUCUUUGUUUCCUUUAAAGAAUUUUUGGAACUUGAGAUACCUCUUUCUUUGUAUGGUUGGGUUUCAAAAGAGUCUCAUCUUAAAAAAAACCAACAAAAAAUAGUUACUUUAUCAACCUUGUGUUUUUUAUGCGCAAACACUUUCAGUAUGUUAAUCAUCAUUUUAUAUGCUUUCAAACA